ACCAUGAGUCAUAUGAUUGUCAAUUUAUUUGUCAUCAGUUUGUUUUGAUGUUGUAUUUUGCAAUUAUUGGGAAGUGGUAGUUAUAUUUUUAUAAUAAACGUAUAAUUAACAUAUUUUACAAUGGAUUUCUUCUUUGGCAAGCAACCAACAGUCAAAGAACAACAAAGACAAAAUGAUAGAGAGCUCCGCAAGGCUGCUCGGGACUUGGAGAGAGAUAAAGCAGCCUUAGAAAGAGAAGAGAAAAAACUUGAAAAUGAGAUUAAGAAGAUGGCUAAAGAAGGCAACAAUGAAGGUUGCAAAAUAUUAGCAAAACAACUGGUGCAGAUGAGGAAACAGAAAGCUAGGAUUUAUAGUGCUAAUAGUAAGAUAUCAAGUGUACAAAUACAAAAUAAGACGAUGGGAGCAAACAUAGCAAUUGCAGGUGCGAUGGGUACCACCGCUAAAACUAUGGAUAGCAUGAAUAAGGUCAUGAAUCCACAACAGAUAGCUAAAGACAUGGAGGCCUUUAGACAAGCUAAUGCUAAGAUGGAUAUGACAGAUGAAAUGAUUUCAGACACUCUAGACGACAUCAUGGAUGAAUCUGGUGACGAGGAAGAGACUGAAGGCAUUGUCAACAAGGUGCUCGAUGAAAUCGGCAUCGAAAUCAGUGGAAAGAUGGCGGGUGCCCCAUCAGUGGCUCGCAACAAACUUGGAGAAUCAACCAAAGAUGCGGAUAAAGAACUCAUGGAACAAUUAGCUAAGCUAAAGUCCUAGAAUAUUAUUAACUGUUAAUUAUUACAAGUAAAUAAUAUAAUUAAUUAUCGCGCACAUGAAAUAUAAUCUCUAUUUGUGAAUUUAUUCUUUUUUACAAUGAAUCAUGUUUAAUUUAAUGUUUAAAGCAAAUAAAUAAGCUGUUUUUGUUAUUAUUUUUCUAUUGUAAUUAUGAGUUCCGUUAUUUUAAUUAUGGCAACUUUGUAUUAAUCUCGACAAUAGACUGAAUACACAGGAAUUAUUGAAUUAAAGUUUAAAAUUUUUGGAGUAAAUCACAAAAUUAUAAAAAAAACACUACGUACGUAAUUUAACGUACGUCAAUGUAUACAAAAUUAUAAAAAAAAACAAUGUAUGCCACCGGCUUUUUUGACCUGGUAAGCCGCCAUUUUGUUACUUACAUUUUUCAUACUGGCCGCCUCGAAUGCUACCGGCAUAAUUAAUAAUUAAUAGUAUAGUGUAUUUAUUAUUUUGUAGAUGUUAAUAAAUACUUAAUUUGCAUUUCUUAGAAACUAUCGGUGUUCGAAAAUACAAAAAUUGUGCUGCUUUAAAUGUAUGAUUAGAAUUAAUAUGUACUGUUCCCGCCCUUUUCUUUUUCUUCUACACUUAAUUUGAAAUGAGAACACGUCCGAUUUGUAUAAAAUUAUUGUUAUUAUUGUUUUGUUUAACUUACGAGAGCCUAUAAUGUGAAAAUAGAAUGCUAACUGUGAUAUUUUUGUAUUAUAUGCUACGGGUGAACUUA